AGAGAGAUGUGUGAUGGGAAUGUGCCUCACGUAUGAAUGCGUAGUACGGAAAGUGUGAAGAAAGACGGAUCGCGUUCAAUCCUUUUAAGGCACUUCUUCAGAAGCUUCGUGAGUGAGCAGUCAAAUUUUUGUAAUGGGGAACGAUCAUCACGGGGACGAACCUAGCUUCGAUUUCAAGGAAUAUCCAAGAAUUGAACGAGGUGUCCUACUGAAGUGUUUGGAUGGAUUGGCCACCGUUGUCACUGGACCUGUGAAAUACGUACGAGAAAAUAUCGUCAAGCCGAAUCAGAAGGAGAACCACUGGUACCAUCGCCGUUUUCGCCGGGUCCCAACCAUUGAUCAGUGUUAUACGGAUGAUUCGAUUUGCAUUUACGAAGCAAAUGAGCAGUUUUACCGUGAUAGGUCUGUUGAAUCGAACAUCCUCAAGAUUCUUCGCGAUCGCAUGAAUGAAUGCGUCUACAUGAAUCCGCAUAAUCAGGAAACAGCUUGCGCCAAAGUAACAGAGGAUUACAAGGUGUCGGAAAACAAUUAUUUCAUCAAAUAUGGUGAUCUUGGGUAUGGUGGCGAUGCUAUUGCUGCCCUGGCGAAGCAAAAGCACCGGAUUGUAUGGGAAAGACGCCAUGGACCCGUGGGUCAGGGUCGUAAAGAGGACCGCGUUGAUGCGGAAAGUCCUCUUGUUGCUUCUGCGACGGCGGCUCUUCCCGAUGUUACCAUGACUUCCCGUGUCCAGUCGAAGCUUGAUUUUGACAGUACCCGGAAGUUAUCGUUUGACGAGGAACAUUUUAAGAAUGCUGGACUAUUUGACGUACAAAGCUCUUGUAAUGAUGUACUCAAAAUGGAAACUUGUCACGGUGUUGGCGUUUGCUGCAAACAGAUCCCUUCAGAGCUUCCAGGGAAACCCAUCGGUAUAUUUUGGGACAUCGAGAAUGUACAGGUUCCAAAAGGGAAGUGUGCACUCAGAGUCGUCCAAGCUAUAAGAGAUCAUGUAAUGAUCGGGUACCGUGAAGCGGAAUUCAUGUGCGUCUGUGAUAUCAACAAAGAAUUGCCUCGGAUCGUCCAGCAACUUAAUGAUGCGUGCGUGAAUGUCGUUCAUGUACCGGCGAUUAGCAAAAAUGCUGCCGAUGAUAAAUUGCGAAUGUCCAUGCGAAGAUUCGUUGAUUAUCAUCAGUACGGUUCUUUGAAAAGCACCCCGAGAAUCGUCCUCAUCAGUCGGGAUGUAAAUUUUGCCCCUGAUCUCUCCGACUUCAGACAUCGGAGGGGUAUCGAGACUGUACUGAUCUCAGAUCCCCCUGUUUCCUUGCCGUUGACCCUUGCCGUGAAUGAGCAUUUUUCUUUUUCGGACAUUGUUACGAAAGUACCGACACAAUUUUUUCAGUUGAAUGACGAGAGCCAGCUGACGAAAGUGCUCGUGAGGGGCCUUGCAGUGAACAGAAGUCCUGAUGUUAUACAACAAAAGUUGCGAUGGCUCAGCAAUAAUUGUGGGGGAAGAGUGGAGUUCGUGUACAAGGAAGUCGCAGUGCUGAAUUUCCGGACGAAUAUUGCAGCCGAACGGGCGUGUAAGCGUAUCGAUGGCUGUCGCAUUUUUGGUAAUGUGAUUCGUGCCUCGAUCUUCGGAUCAGAGCGUGAUACGAACAUUGAUCUACCUACAGUGUCUCCACUUGGUGAAGCUGACGAAAUUGUCCUUCCGUGUCCUGCGGAAGAGUCUCAGCCCGUCGUAGAUCUCAUUCUUGCCGACCGAAUACCGGACUCAAGCAAGUCAACGGAUCAGGACAUUUUGACGGCUGACCAGGCAGGACGAUCAUCCUUGCCUACACCUAUCCCUCCUGCGACAGAAGACGCAUUUCCCACUAUUGGGUACGUCCGUCCUUCCCCUCCAUUGAUCAAUUUGGAAAUCGACGACGGAACGAUGACAUCCAGCCAGUGUUCGGUUGACGUAAGCGCUCCAACUGGAGUAAGAAUAUUGAAGGCCAUUGAGACGAAUGAAUUUUGGCAAGAGAAGAAUUCUUUCGGUAUGGACGAGUUUCCUCAGCUUUCGACUGAAGCUCGACCAGGGAAAUCCGUGACUAAAGUGUGCACUUUAAAUGGACAUGCGGAUUGGCUGAAAGCUCAGUUGUCCGGGAAGGAUUCUCCGAAAUCUGAGAAAGACCUGUGUAGAUUGAGCGACGAUGCUGAUGGAUCGAAUUGUGAAUCAUCUGAAUCUGUUCCGAUCGACAGCGGAGGUGACUCCGCUGAGAAAACUCCGUCUCCUGAUCUCAGUAGUCCUGAACCAGAUGUUCAACCUGUGCCUUCACUGUUGCCACAUGCUGACACUGAUGACGUGAACGAGGGUGUAAGAAAAUUGCACUUCACAACUCCGAAAAAAUUCACACCCGUGGUUCCUUCACCCGUUCACACGCAAUGUAACAACCUGUAUUCCCCGAACGGAAGCUAUGGUCGUGUUGAAUAUUCAAGAUCGUCUUCGCUUUGCGAAUCGGACAAAGAGCGACGUUGUGGACUGACGCGGAGUAAAUCGUCUCCUGAUGACAAAAAUCCAUUCUGGCUAAUCAUCACGAACCUUGAGUCUGGACGAGAUGCUCAUUAUUUGAGGAGCAUUCUUUUGGCGGCUCUGAGGGAGCAUGUAGAGGUGUGUCAUCUGACUAUGCAUCAUCAUGGAUACGGUAGCUUCAGUGCGACUGUCCGCUUGAAGUCUGUUCAAGAUCAACAACUGGUCAUCAGUAAUUUGCAACGCAAGAAAGUUGGUAACAAACGGAUUCUCAUAUCCCAUCCUAAUCAGAGAGAAGCACCCCCGCUGGAAGUGUUGAGGGCCCAAGUCAUGGCUUUGCUUCAAGAUGUUCCAGGAGGUCGAUUGCCUUUGUUCAAGUUCAGGGAACUGUUCGAGAACCGAUUCAAUGGUGGUACUGUAUCUAUAGCCGAUUUGAAUCACAUGGCUGACUUCGUGUGCGUUGAGGAGGACCACCUGACGGGACGGAUUGUUCGUCUUGUUAGACCUAAGGAGUUUCCAAGUCCAGGACGAAUUAAUUCAGGCAGAGAAAUACAGCUCAGCAAACAUUAUUUGAACGGGAUGAAUCGGAAAUUCGCCUCUAAUGAUCUUACUGAGAAAUCUGUUCUGAAGGAUUGGGACUUGAGUGGGGGCCUGGUGCUGCCGCAGACGGCCUUCUGCCUUCGCCACACUCCACCUGGAUUCUGUAGGAAUGACUCAUCCGUUGGGUGGGCUGAGAAGGCAACCACCCUUCCUCCAUUACCAAAUGUCAAUAUUUCCUUGAAAGUUUUAGGACCAAGGGUUCAUUCACUGCUAGGAACCCAUGACGGAGUUCUACCUCUGGCGAGUUUGCCACUGUGCUAUGAAGAUCAGUUCGGUGUCUCAAUCCAAGCCGGAUCUGCUGUCGGUGUUCACUUGGAACAUUUGGUUACCUGUAUUCAAGGAAUCCAAUUGAUAAAUCUCCCUGGAGGUUAUAAACAUCUCAAAUGGCAAGAAAAUGGUGGUGUCCCCGAAGCAGCAAAACAAAAUUUGAUCGAAGUUCCGCGCCCCGUUGCACUUGAUUUGAAUGGAACCCUGAAUUCGGAGGCUUUACAAACUCAAAUGUACAAAUUUUCCCGUGAGAUUGUGGAUCUACUUCGCACUGUUCCGCGUUGCAUGCUGUUGUUCAACAAGUUCAUUCCUGCGUACCACCACCAUUUUGGACGUCAAUGCCGAGUGUCUGAAUAUGGAUUCACGAAGCUGAUUGAUCUUUUUGUCGCCUUGCCACACGUCGUUCAAAUAAUUGGGGAAGGACUCCGAAGGGUUGUUACGCUGACUCACGCUGCGCAAGUGAGACGAUUUCUGAGCGAGUUGCUGCGAAUUGUGAAGGCACAGCCAAACAUGCAAUUACCAUUGAGUGAAUUUGCGGAUCAGUUUUUCAAGCUGAACCACAAAGCGUUCGACGUUUUUGAUUAUGGGGUUUGCUGCGUUGCUGAUCUGUUGACUGAUCUCCCGGAAUCCGUUAUUCAGAUUGAUGUACGAGACGACGAUACGAUGAUUUCGAUUCCCAGGAGAGAACAGACUCCGGUUGAAAUGGAAAGAACGAAGCAGUUCGCUUUUGAAGUUCAAGAGCUUUUGAAGAAUUUGCCGCAUUGUCGAAUGUCUUUCAACAAAUUCAUCCCUGCGUAUCAUCAUUUAUUCGGGAAGCAGUGUCGAGUGGCAAACUACGGAUUUUCGAAAUUGAUCGAGUUGUUCGAGGCUAUUCCGCACAUGGUGGAGGCGAGUUCUUUAGUUAUAGAUCAGCCGGAAGAGGACUUACUUGCGCAAGUUGGUGAGCGGACCAUUCGGCUGGUUGAACAGGAGAGACUAAAAGUUCUUGGAGAGCAAAUACUUCAGUUGGUCAAAAUGACAAAAGGAAGGGGUUUUCUGUUGGCCGACAUUCCAGACGGAUUUGCAGAUAAUUUUGGAUACAUUCUUGAUCCUGUGGAUUACGGUGCUGGCUCGGUUGAUGAGAUCGUUGAAUCGCGUGAUGGACCAAUCGUAAUCUCAAUUGACCGUGGGCCGUUGCAUCAGCUGGGCUUGCGAGUGCGAAGCAUUUUGCUGCGUGAGCCGGAUUGUGAAAUGCAAAUCAGCGCCUUUACGGAGAAGUACCAGAACCUGUUCGAUGUUCCAUGUUCGGUGGAGCUCAUUCGGAGGGACUUGUUCGACAUUGUUGAGGUUUUAGGGGAUGCCACUAACGGAACUAUUGAGUUGACACCGUUGCAAAAAUUUGGCCGGAAUGUGCAAGCGUUGAUCCGCGAAAAUCAGGGUCGUAUUCUAAUCUCGAAUUUUGAACGGUUGUAUGCCAAGAAAUUUGGCUCGAGCUGCUCUCCGUCGUCUUAUGGUCAUGCGUCCUUGAGCAGCCUAUUGCAUGCCAUUCCGGAAUACGUGUUCUUCAAAGGACGUGGACAGUGUCGGUGCAUCUGCCUUAAUCGGGAGCUUCUAGAAUCACCGCGACGUGUGUCAAACGGCUCGGAUUCGUCCACUGGCAGCAACAAUGGCGCGGAGAAUGGAUACCGUUCGCGAAAUGGAAAGGUUUUGAACAAAGCCUAUAGACGAGCGUGUACCGAUGCCAUAUCCGAUGAUUCGAGGCCCGUCACUCGUCGACUCAAUUUUCCGCAAAUGGUGUUCAGCCAAUCUCCGCGAAAAAAUGAUGGACACUACGCUGCCGCCGAAGUCACGAGCAUGAAUUUCGAAAGCAUAAAGAUCUGGAAAAAGAACUGGGAUGGAUCCCGUGUGUUGGAAGAAACGAUUCGAACUGAAGGUGAGCGUGGUUGGUAUUUGGAAUUGCCUGCGUGUCCAGCUCCUGUGACCCCACCGGACCCAAAUGAACUGCCAGACCCGUCAAAGGUGUGGGCGUGAAGCCGGAGACGAGAUCGCUCAACAAUUCGCCCUACCGUAGAAAUUCACUCAGGAAAGUUUCUUGCCGUUUUCGUUUAAUUUCUCGUCGCGUUUCGAAAUUUUCGGAUAUUUCUGCGGAAAACAAAAUUUUCUAGGCUUGUUUCGUUACGGAGCAUUGAUGAAUGCUUGAUCGCGUUGAUUGCCUGAUCAGUCACUUGAGGUUCCGUCGGAAUUUUGUUGCAGCGCUGUUUCCGUGAAUUGGGUAACUUGUUAUCGAUCUCUUGAGCGUGUUAUGUAUUUUUCGUUGAAUUUGCGUUUCUUUUUAGUGCUGGUAAAUCGCUGUCAGUUAAAUUCAUUUUGCCAAAUUGUCCAAAUGUUUGAAAAAUUCCGGUUCGCGGGGGAAGUUUAAUCAGAGGGAUAUAAUUGAUCGAGGGGUAUUCGGCUUGAAAUUCGGAGGGUGAUCUUCAAGCGCUGUGAGGCUUUGAGCCAGUUUUGCUGUGCUUUUCAUAACUCUCCAGGAAAAUGAAAGCAUUUUCACAGAGCGAAAAAA